CACGUAUUACUAUCCAAACUCCAAAGGCCAUAGCUCAAAGCCAUAUAUAUAGAGAUUGCUUCUUCAACCGUAAAACAAACACAGAGCGACCAAAAUCCAAACCAGACUUCUUGAAACUCGAUUUCAGACAAACCAUUUCACUGUCAGAACAAGCAUGAAGAGAGUCAGAGGUUUCAAAAUUGGACAUAGAUCAGUCAAGAUAUUCAAAUGGAUCCGAUCAAGAAGAAUUCAAACAAUGAAACGUCAGCACCGGUCACGAGUUACAAACCCGAUCGCUGGAAUCCGCUCACUAGCACGGUGUCUAAGCCGUGGAGCCAAGAAACUGUGCGCUGGCAAGAAGAUUUCGGGCCAGGGUCAGAUCCAGCUGGGCAAAGAUCCAAAAACGGCUGUUCCGAAGGGACACUUGGUGGUUCACGUCGGCGAAUCAGACGGCGACACGCGGCGCGUUGUAGUGCCGGUGAUCUAUUUCAAUCAUCCAUUGUUCGGAGAAUUGUUGGAACAAGCGGAGCGGGUUCAUGGGUUCGAUCAACCUGGCCGGAUCACGAUUCCCUGUCGGGUUUCUGAUUUUGAGAAAGUUCAGACGAGGAUCGCCGCAUGGGAUCAUUGCCGCAGGAAGAGAACUUACAAGAUUCUGUAGUUUGACAUUUCUAGUUAUUUUUAACUGAGGGUAAAAAUAGUCAAAAUAUCAGAAGGAGAGAAUAAAGAAAAUAUAGGAUAUUUGUUAAUAUUUUUAGUUCUUCUUCUUGUAUUAUACAUUUAUACACGGCAUGCCGAUUCAUAAUUGAAAUAUUGUUUUUAUUUUUAUGCAUUUCUU